AUGCCGAAGCCAAAGGCCUUCCUCAAGGAAGCGAAAACCAAAAAGAAAGCGGCACAACGAGCCCCCGAAACCUCUGAUGAAUACCUUGCACUCGGUGUCGAACAAGAAGAAGCCGGAGAAAAAUGGCGGGCUGGAGACGCUGCCAAAUCGCUGCGCUUCUUCAUGCGUGCCAUUAAUACCUACGAUGAAGGCUUGAUCAAGCAUCCAGGUGCAUUUGACUUGGCCUAUAACAAAGCUCGAGUUCAAUAUGAAAUCACACAGCAUCCGAAAUUGAAAGCCCAGUUGUCGGCCCCAUUGACUGAUGUCCUGCAAGAGGCACUGGAGUCCCAUAGAGUGGCGCUUGCUCUAGAGCAAGAUAAUCCUGACGCACUCUUCAACACAGGCCAGGUGCUUACGAGCAUCGCGGAGAUUUUGACCGAUUCGAAGCACCCAUCCGACGAGCGCCUAUCGCAGGCUGUAAAGCUUCUGCAGGAAGCGAUCGAGCUCUUCCAGCGUUGCCUGCUUCUACAGGAGCUGAAGUUUACAGAAAUGCAGGAACAAAUCAAACAAAUGGAAUCUGCGGACGCCGGACAACCAGAGGUGGAGACGCAGAACACACAGAAGACUCCCGAGCAACCAUCGGAGUCGAAACCAACGGACGAGCAAGAACAAUGGGCUGCAAUCAUAGAGCCAGUGACCAAGGAUACAUUGGUGGACACGGCAGUAGCACAACUUGAUACAUUGACAACUCUCUGCAACCUGCUUACAUUCAACCCUGGGGUCGGCCUGGGAUGGGUGGAGGAUUCUUCGUCCGACCUACUGCAGAAGCGCAUCUCCGCUUAUGUGGAGGGAUCGAGCAGACACUAUGAGGCAGCUUUGGCCAGAGCCAAAUUCACCUGCGGGCUGAACGAACUGCUCUAUCGAAGCGGCCAAAUCGAGGCUGAAACGUACUCCAGUGAGGUCUCGCAAGCUUUUGGCGCGGGUUUAGAUGUCUCUUCCGAUCCAGGUGGUCUCUGCAGCAAAGCAGAUGCGCUGACGUCGUUCAACACUGCCCUCAUCGAUCUUCCUCCUUACGAGCCUGAAGCGUUCACGAGAGCGUUGUCAUUGCGGUGGCAGGCACUUUCUGCGGCACUGGACGCUCUCACAAAAGCAUCUAAGCAUCCCGAGGCAGAUGACUUGCCCAAGAUCCACCUAGCCAGGGGAGACGUGGAGAUAGCUAGGUGGAGGCUUGGCAUGCCUCCCUGGAACUAUGCCAUGGCUCAGCAAUAUGGAGCCACACUGCUGCGCAACGCGCAGACAUACUACCGAGGCGCCGCAGCACUAGCCAGGAGAGGCGGAGCCUCAGAGGCGUCGCGAGACGGAUCGUGUAAAGAAGCCAUUGCAGCGGCCCUGGAAGGACAGAAGCAGAAACUGGAGGAGCUCAGGAGAGCCGCGCCAAAGGAACUGAUGAUGGUAGCCGAAGAUGUCGUCGACGAUGGAUGGAUGAGCCCUGGUGAUAUGGAGGUGCUUCUGUCAUAGACAUACCACGGGGCGUAAUAUACAAUUCGCCGUUUUUCGAAUUUCAGAAGUUGCCCGUAAUAUGAUAUCGUGUGGAUACGAGAGUUCAAUCAUAUCUCAGACCGAGCUCUG